UGCACUUUUGCUAAGGUUAUGUUGUGUCAAAAGCGGAAAAUGUGUGUUUUAGUUCCUACUAAUUGGGCAAAUCCACCAAGGGCAUUACCCACUUGCUAAAAGUCAAAAGUUCAUCGCAACCACCUCAAUGGAAAAAUCAUAAAUUUUGGAUGCCAGAUGUCACAGCUUUUUAAAACAGUGUAUGGACAGUCACCAAUGAUAAGAGGCCAUUCCGGUGAUGACGAUCAUUCGGUUCCGUUUUCUUCACAGUCUCACUACUAAUACUGGGAACAAACCCCCAACUAUGGUUGACACACAGAUGCCAGUUUGGCCCAUGAAUUUUGGACUGAAUGCAGUGGAUCUGGCAGACCUGGAUGACAGCUCUCAGUCUUUUGACAUGAAACCCUUCACAACAGUGGACUAUUCCAGCAUCUCCAGCCUUGCUUAUGAAACCAGCCCUCUCCCAAGUGAAGACCUGGCGCAAUUCGACUACAUGUAUGAUUUCAAAAUGAAUGAAAACCCAAAUACAAUAAAGAUGGAACCACAUUCUCCUCCUCAGUACUCUGAGAAAGGCCAGCCAUACUCGAAGCUUCUUGAAGACAACGCCAACUCGAUGCUCAACAUUGAGUGCAGAGUCUGUGGCGACAAAGCAUCUGGUUUCCACUAUGGAGUUCAUGCUUGUGAAGGGUGCAAGGGCUUCUUCCGUAGAACGAUACGGUUGAAGCUGGUUUACGACCGAUGCGAUCUAAACUGUCGUAUUCACAAAAAGAGCCGAAACAAAUGUCAGUAUUGUCGGUUUCAGAAGUGCCUUAUGGUCGGCAUGUCCCAUAAUGCCAUUCGUUUUGGUCGCAUGCCCCAAGCCGAGAAAGAGAAGCUUUUGGCUGAAUUCUCUUCAGAUACUGACCACAUGAACCCAGAGUCUGCUGACCUGAGAGCUCUUGCCAAACACUUGUAUGACUCAUAUCUGAAGUCCUUCCCUUUGACCAAAGCAAAGGCAAGGGCCAUCUUGUCUGGAAAGACAGGCGACAUCGCGCCUUUUGUAAUCCACGAUAUGAAAUCUCUCACUGCUGGAGAACAGCUGAUACACUGCAAGCAGGUCCCACUCCUAGAGCAUAGACAGGAGCAGGGGUUCAGCCACGAGCCCAAUGACGAGGCAGAGCUGAGGUUCUUCCAGCGUUGUCAGGUCCGCUCGGUGGAAGCUGUCCGGGAGGUCACCGAGUUUGCAAAGAGCAUCCCGGGUUUUAUCAACCUCGACCUGAAUGACCAGGUGACUCUCCUAAAGUAUGGCGUCCAUGAAGUUCUAAUUAGCAUGUGGGCCUCUCUCAUGAACAAGGAUGGAACCCUGAUCUCCUAUGGACAGAUCUUCAUGACCCGGGAGUUUCUCAAGAGCCUCCGGAAACCCUUCUGCGAAAUGAUGGAGCCCAAGUUUGACUUCUCCGUGAAGUUCAAUGCCCUUGAGCUAGAUGACAGUGAUAUGGCACUCUUUCUUGCCGUGAUCAUCCUGAGUGGAGAUCGUCCGGGUUUGGUGAAUGUGAAGCCCAUUGAAGACCUACAGGACACUGUCCUGCAAGCACUGGAACUGCAGCUCAAACUGAACCAUCCCGAAUCCCUCCAGCUGUUCGCCAAGCUGCUGCAGAAAAUGACGGACCUCCGUCAGAUUGUGACAGAUCACGUGCGUUUGAUGCAGCUCCUCAAGAAAACCGAAGUGGACAUGUGCCUGCACCCGCUUAUGCAAGAAAUAAUAAAGGACUUGUAUUAGAAAGCAGAAUUCACAGCUUUAUCUUCAGUGGCACACCUAGGUAGAGCAAGACUCUGCAGGGUAUAUGGAGUGAAUAAUACAAUAAGGUCACUUUUUCCAGACCAAGUGGUGCAGGUUUCUCUCAGGUUACUAUCUAAACAGGUUCACAGCAUUGGCCUUGAUGUUCCCUUAGGCACAAAUGGUAAAUUUGUUUUGAUUGAUUUUUUUUUUCAUCUCACCAAUAUAAACUGAGCUAAUGUUUUAUCCACCUUUUUGUGUGUUUUCUGGACAAAUAGAGACAGUAAUCAGAACAACCGUAAGCAUUCUGUUCUCUCGGAUUCUGUGUGGAUUGCAAAUAAAUUAGGGAUACUGUCUGAAUCAGAAACGUUAUUUCUGAGUACAGAUUAUGUUGAAAGUAAUUGGAAACUCAAUGAAGAAGUGUUUCUUUAAAUGCUUCCUUUUUUAAAAAAAGAAGCUGCACUAUGUCACUGUGAGGGAAGCUUAAAAAUGUCUUAAAAUUUACUGUGAAUAUAUGAGAACGUCUUUUUUGGAUUAUACCUUGGAUAAAUAUAGUACAUGUAUAAUUUAGCAUUUUUACAAUUCUAUAGCCUUUAUACAUGCUUUUUUAAAAGGUCUUUGUGAAAGAAAAUUUAAAAUGCAAACAGUUAAACAUAUAUGAAGUAACAAUUUCAAAUGUAAAUGUUUAUAUAAAGAGCUUUAGCCCAUGGAAACAUACUGUGAUGUUUAACAAAUCACUGGAAUAAAAAAAAAAGGAAAAUGUGAUUAUGCAAAAAAAAGUAAAAUUAAAGCAGAAAACUGACCAAAGAAAGUUAAACAACUAGGAACAAAGACAUUUUAUCCUGAAUAUUAUUUUUAUCUUUAAUCGUUGAAAGGAAAUAUUUCAUUGCUUAAUGAAAAUUAAAAAAAACUUUGGCUGCGUGGCAAAAUAUGUUACCAACGGUUUUGAACAUUACUCCUCUUUUUGACAAGGUUCUUCUUUUUUUAUAUUUGUACGUUACAAAUCUCUCAUUGUGUAGAAAAUCCUUCAAUUUCAUGCUUUCAUAGAAGAUAACCUGUAUAGCUGUUUUCAUAGAAUUUCUUGUAAAUGGUCUCUUUCUAAUUUGCUGUCUUACGAUGAGCUCUUUUUAUUGUUCACAAUUUAUUAAAUGGAUCAAAGCAUGUAAGGUAUCAUUACAAGGAAAUGAUGUAUGAAUUUAUUACACGUUUUAGUCUCAAGGUACAGUUUGUCUUUCCAAUUUACAAAGAUGUUUUGUCAUUUGAAGCCAAGUGGGAAACCUUGAUGCAGCUUCAGCCUAAUUUGUGGUUAUUUUAUUUUCAGUUUGAAAAAUGACUUAUGUGAAUAAAUUACCUUUAAAUGUUG